GGCGCCGGCGCUGGCAGCCGCCCCGGCAGGAAGCCCGGGCCCACAUCCUUGGAGGGCUGCCAUGCCAGCAGCGGGGCCCCGGCGAAACCUGGCCUCCGGCCUCUCCACUGGCCGGCACUUCAGCUCCCAGGCGGCCGAGGACCCGAAGGAGGAGCCCCUGCGCCCCCUCAUCAGCAGCACAGAGGCCGUGCAAGGGUCCGCUUCCAAGCACGAGUUCCAGGCUGAGACCAAGAAGCUGCUCGACAUCGUUGCCCGUUCCUUGUACUCAGAAAAGGAGGUGUUCAUACGGGAGCUGAUCUCCAACGCCAGCGACGCCUUGGAGAAGCUGCGCCACAAGCUGGUGUCUGCGGGCCAGACGCUGCCGGAGCUGGAGAUCCACCUGCAGACCGACUCCGAGAAGGGCACCCUCACCGUGCAGGAUACUGGCAUCGGGAUGACCCAGGAGGAGCUGGUGUCCAACCUGGGAACGAUCGCCAGGUCAGGGUCAAAGGCCUUUCUGGACGCGCUGCAGAGCCAGGCCGAGGCCAGCAGCAAGAUCAUCGGUCAGUUCGGAGUGGGCUUCUACUCGGCCUUCAUGGUGGCUGACAGGGUCGAGGUCUAUUCCCGCUCGGCGGAGCCCGGCAGCCCCGGUUACCAGUGGCUUUCAGACGGCUCUGGGGUGUUUGAAAUUGCCGAAGCCUCCGGAGUGAGAACCGGCACCAAGAUCAUCAUCCACCUCAAGUCAGACAACAGAGAGUUUGCCAGCGAGGCCCGGGUUCGAGAUGUGGUGACCAAGUACAGUAACUUCGUCAGCUUCCCCCUGUACCUGAACGGCAGGCGCGUUAACACCUUGCAGGCUGUGUGGAUGCUGGACCCCAAGGACGUGGGUGCCGAGCUGCACGAGGCGUUCUACCGCUACGUGGCCCAGGCCUCCGACCGGCCCCGCUACACCCUGCAUUACCAGACUGACGCCCCGCUCAGCAUCCGCAGCAUCUUCUAUGUGCCGGAGAUGAAACCGUCCAUGUUUGACGUGAGCCGGGAGCUGGGCUCCAGCGUCUCCCUGUACAGCCGCAAGGUCCUCAUCCAAACCAAGGCCGCUGACAUCCUGCCCAAGUGGCUGCGGUUCAUCCGAGGUGUGGUGGACAGCGAGGACGUGCCCCUGAACCUGAGCCGGGAGCUCCUGCAGGAGAGCGCGCUCAUCAGGAAGCUCCGGGACGUUCUGCAGCAGAGGCUCAUCAAAUUCUUCGUUGACCAGAGUAAGAAAGACCCUGAAAAAUAUGCCAAGUUUUUUGAAGAUUACGGCUUGUUCAUGCGGGAGGGCAUCGUGACCACAGCAGAGCAGGCGGUCAAGGAGGACAUUGCCAAGCUGCUGCGAUACGAGUCCUCAGCGCUGCCUGCUGGGCAGUUGACCAGCCUGCAGGACUACGCCAGCCGCAUGCAGCCCGGCACGCGCAACAUCUACUACCUGUGCGUCCCCACCCGCCACCUGGCGGAGCACUCGCCCUACUACGAGGCCAUGAAGCGGAAGAACAUGGAGGUGCUCUUCUGCUACGAGCAGUUCGACGAGCUGACUUUGCUGCACCUGCGUGAGUUUGACAAGAAGAAGCUGAUCUCGGUGGAGACGGACAUCGUGGUUGAUCACUACAAGGAGGAGAAGCUUGAGGAAGCGACCCCAGCUGGUGAGAGCCUGUCCGAGAAGGAGGCGGAAGACCUUUUGGCCUGGAUGAGAAAUGCGCUGGGGUCACGGGUCACCAACGUGAAGGUGACCCUGCGGCUGGACACGCACCCCGCGAUGAUCACCGUGCUGGAGAUGGGGGCGGCGCGGCACUUCCUGCGCAUGCAGCAGCUGGCCAAGACCCAGGAGGAGCGCGCGCAGCUGCUGCAGCCCACGCUGGAGGUCAACCCCCGGCACACGCUGAUCAGGAAGCUCAGCCAGCUCCGGGAGCGGGAGCCCGAGCUGGCCCAGCUGCUCGCGGACCAGAUCUACGAGAACGCCAUGAUCGCCGCGGGGCUCGUGGACGACCCGAGGCCCAUGGUGGGCCGCCUCAACACCCUGCUGGCCAAGGCCCUGGAGCGGCACUGAUGUCCGGCCCGGCCGCGCCAGAGUCGGGGGAGGCAGCGGGCACCGCCAGCUCCUCUGCCUUGGGGCUGAGGCGGCCUGAGCCCCCCGGGGGAAGGAAGGACUGGAGGCCACAGGUGCAAACACCAUUUUGAGCUUUAUUUACUAAAAGGUAUUUCUUAAUUUAAGUGUCGGGUUCUCUGUGU